UACCAAGUAAUCUGGCUCUGAAGCAUCCUCUAGUAUCUGUGAUUCCAGAACCACGCCCUUCCAGUGACACGCUGAACUUCUGAUUAAUAAAAGCCCGAAAGCUGUUUAUUCUGUUCGCCACAACCACCCCCUCCCCCAACCCUUAUCAUGGCUCAGAACAACUUGACUGGCGCCUGUCUCUGCAGGAACAUCACAUAUCGCAUUACCUUGCCAGAUCCAGAGACUUACCCAAAGCUAAUCAUCUGCCACUGCACCCACUGCAAACGCUACACGGGCUCGAGCUUCUCUGCCAAUAUUAUCAUCCCACAGGCUAGUUUCGAGUACACGAAGGGUACACCCAAGCUGUAUACGGACAGCAGUAAGAGGGGUGUACAGGUGCUACGCGAGUUCUGUCCAGAUUGCGGAACACCGUUCACUUCACGGUCGAGCGAUGAUGAGGACGUUGUCGCGGUGAAGUCCGGGACGCUUGAUGAUGAGCAUCGGGUUAAAUGCUCGGAGUUGGAAAUGGAGAUAUAUUAUCAUCGGAAGGAUGGGUGGGUGGAUGGGUUGGGGGAUGAGGGGGUGAAGAGGGUGGAUGGGAGUAUGGGGGAUUCAUAGAGAGAAUAAAGAUUGUAGGCAAGAUGAAGUUACCUUUGCUACUUAUUGAGUACGAAUUCUGUGUGGUGACUUCUCCUCCCGAUAGAUUGCUAAGACUGGAUUAGAACUAUGUGAGAUAAGGUACUAAUGCACGCGGAAAGCAACGGGCUUGCUGCUCGGGGUGUUUGUC